AUGGCACCCAGCUCCUACUGCCAAACACCUCAACCUCCUUCAGUACACCCAGCUCCUACUACCAAACACCUCAACCUCCUCCAGUACACCCAGCCAUGGCACCCAGCUCCUACUGCCAAAACACCUCAACCUCCUUCAGUACACCAAGCUCCUACUACAAACACCUCAACCUCCUCCAGUACACCCAGCCAUGGCACCCAGCUCCUACUGCCAAACACCUCAACCUCCUCCAGUACACCCAGCCAUGGCACCCAGCUCCUACUGCCAAACACCUCAACCUCCUCCAGUACACCCAUCCAUGGCACCCAGCUCCUACUGCCAAACACCUCAACCUCCUCCAGUACACCCAGCCAUGGCACCCAGCUCCUACUGCCAAACACCUCAACCUCCUUCAGUACACCCAGCCAUGGCACCCAGCUCCUACUGCCAAACACCUCAACCUCCUUCAGUACACCCAGCUCCUACUACCAAACACCUCAACCUCCUCCAGUACACCCAGCCAUGACACCCAGCUCCUACUGCCAAACACCUCAACCUCCUUCAGUACACCCAGCUCCUACUACCAAACACCUCAACCUCCUCCAGUACACCCAGCCAUGGCACCCAGCUCCUACUACCAAACACCUCAACUUCCUCCAGUACACCCAGCCAUGGCACCCAGCUCCUACUGCCAAUCACCCUAACCUUCUUCAGUACACCCAGCCAUGGCACCCAGCUCCUACUACCAAACACCUCAACUUCCUCCAGUACACCCAGCCAUGGCACCCAGCUCCUACUGCCAAACACCCCAACCUCCUCCCGUACACCCAGCCAUGGCACCCAGCUCCUACUGCCAAACACUACAACCUCCUUCAGUACACCUAG